AUGGGCAGCACCAAGGAACCCGACUUCAUCAUUUCCACCGUCACAGACGCUUCCACCGUGGAAAAGCACCUCACUUCGCUACGGGUGCUCCUCCAGCACUGCAUCAACGACGAGCCCGAAAUCUCGUCUCUCGGGUUCCUCGCGCCUCUGACCGAUCACACGGCCACCAGCUACUGGCUAGACCUGCUGUCUUCUUCCGUCAUUGGUCCCGGGGCAACAACAACGUUACUCGUAGCAACGGCUCCAGGAAGCGACCAAGUCAUCGCCACGGUGCAGCUCGCAAGAAUGUCCAAGGAGACGCAUGCCUUCAAGGGCGAAGUGAGGAAGCUGAUGGUGCAUCCGGACUAUCGGCGGCACGGGCUGGGACGGAGAAUGAUGGACGAGGUGGAACGGGUUGCGAAGGAGGAGUUUGGAAUGGAGAUGCUGCUGCUGGAUACGUCCAAGGAGACGCCGGCGAGGCAGUUCUACCUGCGGACGGGGUGGACGGAGUGGGGGAUCUGCCCGGACUAUGCAAAGUCGUCGAGUGGACACAAGCACGACUGCUGCUUCUUCUGCAAGAGCUUGGCAUAG